AUGGAUCUCCUUUCAACGAUUCGAAAGACAGGUUCGCGCGGAGGCGUCAACUUUAGUUGGGACGAAGUCGCCAACUCGUCUCGCCGCGAAAAUUACCUCGGCCAUAGUCUCAAGGCACCUGUAGGCCGCUGGCAACGAGGCAAAGACCUGAAUUGGUACGCCAAGGCCGACGCGACGGCCGCCAACGCCAACGAGACGCAAGAGGAGCGUGAGGCGCGUGAGCGCAAGGAAGAGCUGCGCAAAGUCAAAGAGGCCGAGGAGGAUGCGAUUGCACGUGCUCUGGGGCUGCCCGUCAAGCAGAGAGAUACGACAGGCGCCAACUCAGUAGAGGUCGCAGACAAGAGGCAGAUUGGACCAGCCUCUGGACCGGAGCAGGCAGAACCGUCAGCGGCGGACGGCGAGAGACGAGCCCGCGAAAAGUCACACCGCCAUCGCGAUGAAAAUGGACGAGACCGAGAUACCCGGCGUAGACGCCGAAGUCGAAGCAGGAGCCGUGAGCGCAACAGAGAUGACGGCGAGCGACGCCGCCACAGGAGUCGCAGCCAUGACCGGGGCCAUAGAGGUCGCAGACAGCGGAGUCGUGAGAAGGAAGAUGGAUAUGUAAAGGGAGAGAGGCAUGAAAAGGAGGACAGUCGUGGGCGGGAUGAUGGAAGGCACAGAAAAGAUCGAAGCCGCCAUCGUAGCCGGGACCGCGGAGGAUACAGACAUCGGGAUGACAGGUUCAGGCGCCGCAGCCGCUCCAGAUCCUUCGAGGACAGGCGUGUCAAGCGUGAGCGAAGCCCGCGCCGGUGA